AUGGAAGGCCAAAAGAUCACCUUCAGGGUAAAAUUCCAGGCUUUUCAAGUUGUCUUCUUGUCUCAGGUUGUGAAGUUGCAAUGUAAAUUUACUCAUUCCUUGCUCGCAUCACUCGACAGCACGGACGUUAUCUUGAGCGUGGCUAACGCCACAGGCCAGGAGGUGAGAGCCAAACACAACGACUUUGUGAAGCGAGGAAUCUUUGCCACCCACACCGGGGCCAGCUGCUUCAGUCCGGUGAUCAACAUCAUGAGAGACCCACGGUGGGGCCGGAACCAGGAGACAUACGGCGAAGACCCUUAUUUGACUGGAGUUUUGGUACAAUAUUUUGUCAAGGGUCUCCAAGGUCCUGGGACAAAGUACAUCAUGACAAGUGCUGGCUGCAAACAUUUUGAUGCAUACGCCGGCCCUGAGGAUAUUCCCGUCACGAGAUUUGUGUUUGAUGCUCAGGUGUCAGACACAGACUGGAGAAUGACGUUUUUGCCUGCCUUCAAGAAAUGUGUGGAGGCUGGUACCUACAGCAUCAUGUGCAGCUACAACAGCGUAAACGGUGUCCCUGCCUGUGCGAACAAACAGCUGCUGACUGACAUUCUACGUACCGAGUGGAACUUCAAGGGCUAUGUGGUCAGCGACCAAGGAGCCGUAGAAAGCGUCAUCUGGGCUCACAAGUAUCGCAACAACAGCAUAGACACAGUGGCAGCUUGCGUGAACGCGGGAACUAACCUGGAGCUCUCCAGCAAUCUACCUGUGCCAAUCUACAUGUCGAUGUUGGAUGCCAUUGCCCAGGGCAAACUGACAGAAGAGUUGGUGAGGGAAAGGGUCAAGCCGCUGUUUUACACACGCAUGAGGCUCGGGGAGUUUGACCCGGAAGAGGACAACCCGUACGCCCAGCUGAGUAUGGAUCAGAUAGAAUCGGCCGAACAUCAACAAGUGGCCCUCACAGCUGCCAUGAAGUCUUUUGUGUUGUUGAAAAAUGAGGGAGGGAUUUUACCUUUGAAGAAAGGAGACUUCAGCAAAGUUGCCAUCAUAGGGCCAAUGGCUAACAACACAAGACAGAUCUUUGGAGGCUAUUCCCCUAAACAGGAUCCGUCUUUCACCCAAACGCCCUUGGACGGCCUGAGGUCUCUGUAUCCUGACAUCAAAUACGCACAAGUGUGCAACGACGGCACACCGUGCACAAAAUAUGACAAGGUCGUCGUGCCUUCCAUAGUGGACGACACAGAACUUGUCAUUGUUGCUCUGGGCACAGGUCCGCAAGUGGCCGGUGAGGCUCGCGACAUGGUAGAUGUUGAACUCCCUGGAUAUCAGAAGGCCAGCUUCUUCAAGACUAAAUAUGUAAUUAGACACUCAAGCGAGAUGUUCAGUAAUCCAGGCACCCAUGUCCUGCUAGUGGAGCUUGUGAAUCUGGACGUUACUCUGAGUCUCAAAUUAGGUGGCUCAGCCAAGAUCAUCCUACUUCUCUUCUCCGCCGGCCCUCUCAAUAUAACACUUGCCGACGAGUCAUACCGUGUGCCAGCCAUCAUGGAAUGCUUUUUUCCCGCCCAGGCCACGGGCCAGGCUCUGUAUAACGUACUGACCAACACUGGGCCGGAUUCUUCCCCGGCAGGCAGACUGCCCAGCACUUGGCCCUUGUACAGUUCUCAGAUUCCACCUAUGGUCAAUUAUUCCAUGGAAGGGAGAACGUAUCGCUAUUUCAAAGGAGAUCCUUUGUACCCUUUCGGCUAUGGCCUCUCCUACACCCAGUUCCUGUACGCCGACAUGACGUAUUUCAAGAACGUCAAAGCAGGAAAUGACCUUGACUUGCAGCUCGCUGUUACGAAUGUCGGGCCUAUUGAUGGCGAAGAAGUGGUCCAGUGCUACAUCAGCUGGGUCAACGAGUCCUUGCCCGUCCCCCAGCUGCAGCUGGCUUACUUUACUCGUGUCUUCAUCCCAUCCCAGCAGACGAGGAUGUUGUCUAUAACCAUCUCUGGGGAGUCCAUGGCUUUCUGGCGAGAUGGACAAUGGAUCGUUGAACUUGGUGAUAUGUAUCUGUACUGUGGGGGUCAACAACCCAACCAGAAGAGAAGGGCGCCGUCCAACGUGCUCUCUGAUUCCUUCACCAUCAUUAGCCGUACUGAAUAGUCCCCACUUUAUCUCACGAGAGUAUUUGUGAGCGAAUAUGUGUGUGUGUGUGUGUGUGUGUGUGUGUGUGUGUGUGUGUGUGUGUGUGUGUGUGUGUGUGUGUGUGUGUGUGUGUUCGAGUUAGACUCUAAAGUUUGAAUGUCGUAGUUGUCCAUGCAGACCUCCUAACUCAGAUUUUAAGAAGAGAGAUUGGAGGUUUAGACAUGACAAAAAACGUGUGUUAGCAAUGCACAUAUUUAUCGUGAAUAAAUCAAAGUUACUCAAAAUCACCAA